UCUCUUCUUCACUCCAUAACACCCCCAUCAAGCAAGCAAGGUUCUUUUGUUGUAUAUAAAAAAUUUCACCAAAAGGGUCUUCUUUAUUUCCUUUCAAUAUUGCUUAGACAGUAAUGAUUUCCUUUCUGUUAAGGGUACUAAUGUUGUGGAAUCUUAGGAAGAGUUUGUUUUUUUGAAUGUAGAAAAAAGUGAGAAGGACUAGCACAAAACAGAAUCAUUAGUGCACGAGUGUUUUCAUCAAUGGGUUUUUAGAAGAAAACAAUAAAAAUAGCUUCAUUUUUUUUCACCCUUUAUUAACCCUUUUCUUUUCCCUCUUCAUCCUCUCAUAUUUUCCUUGUUUUUAGUGAUUGUUUUGUUAUUUUCUUCAUUCUACUAGCUUUUUUUUUUUAUUUUAUAUUGGGAUUUUAAGGCUGUUUGAUUCUUUUGGGUUUUUCUUGUAUUUGAUAUUAAUUUCACAAAUGUCUCAACAAAGACAACCUCAAAUGGUGAGUGUUAACAACAACCAAGACCAAUAUAAUGACACAACAUUUACCAAAAUUUUUGUUGGAGGGUUAGCUUGGGAGACACAAAGGGACACAAUGAGAAUGUAUUUUGAGCAAUUUGGAGAGAUCUUAGAAGCUGUUGUUAUCACAGAUAAGUACACUGGGAGAUACAAAGGUUAUGGUUUUGUCACAUUUAAGGAUCCAGAAGCAGCUAUAAGAGCAUGUCAGAAUCCAUCUCCAGUAAUUGAUGGUAGGAGAGCAAAUUGCAAUAUUGCUUCUCUUGGUGCAAACAAAAAUAGACCACUAACUCUUCACCAUGGAAGGUUUAGGCCAGCACAUGGAGUGGUAGCAUCAGUUCCUUAUAAUGGUUCUUCAUCUACAAUUUUCAAUCAACCUACUAGACAAUAUACAUUUCCUUAUUCAGCUUAUGGAUAUUCUGGAUAUUCACACGAUACCUUGUAUCCUCCGGGGUAUUACAAUGUGUAUGGAGUUCAACAAAUGUCACCUUACUACCCAUCUGCUGGGGCAAUGGGGUUGGUCCAAAAUAUGUACCCUUUCUAUGGGCAAUAUGCACAAAAUAUCCAAAGUCAUGGUUUUGGAAUUCAAUACCCCCAAAUUACACAGAUUCCAAUUUUGCCUCAGCAAUAUGGUUCCACAGGAAUAUUGUCAUUUCCUUCUUCAGUAGCAAUGCCAACCACUAGUGCAGUAACGGUAAUUGCACCAACAACUAGUACAAUAUCAACAGUUGUGGAAGUAACAGAGGUUGAUAAUUCACAAGCUUCUGGAACAUCUUCUGAACAACAACAUUCUACAUCUUGAUGUCUACAAUGAUAAAGAAGAUACAUGCUGUCUUACAAGGCUAACACAUCAAAAUCUUGAUGACAAAAUUCACCAUCAUCAUUGUUGUAGGAAAAUAGGAUUUUGUUUAUUGUUAGAAGUAGGGAAGAUCAUAUUACUAUUCCUUCAUGUAUUAAGCAUUGGGUGGUAGAAUCUAAUUAUUUGAGCUUUGGAUUCUACCUUCUAGAGUAAUUCAACCAUUUAUUAUGUCUUGGGUGUUGGGAGUAUCCAAUGACAUAAUUGUCCUUUUGUUUAUAUUUUUAGUGGAUCGGUUCAAAAGAUUGAUUUUAUAUCUUUGAACCCUUUAUUAAUUAGGCAACAAAAUUGAGCUUAGGUAGCUCAAUAAGUUAAUUUUGUGGUAUGUAUUUUAUUUUUCAAAUUCAUGUAAGUCAUGAUUUGAAUAAUAUUUUUAUUCCAUAA